AUGUUUGUAUCAUUCAUGUAUUGGGUAUUUUCCGCUCAUUUUGCCUGGACGAGGUCCGCAGCCGAGCUGCAUGACGCGAACGCAGAUCAAAUUGGGGUCAGGGCGGCGCGGGCGUCGACCUGUAGCCUCGCUCAACCCGUUUCCCCUCACUCCGCAACCCUUUCAUUUGAACAUAAUUCCCUCUUAGCCCGGUUCUCCCCGGAUUACGAGAAUUACAUCACGUGGGUGCCGGCGCGGAUUCCAGGUGCUGUCGGCACUCGGUCACAGUCAUAUCUACCGGGAGCCGCAUGGGCCAGUACAACAGGGGCGCGUGUGGCCGGCGGCGGCGUCAGCGCGAAUGGCGCGAGUUUCGCUACGCCAAACGCCGUGGCUUGA